AUGAUGAGGAGGAGGAGGAUGAUGUUGUGAAGGCAGGCAGGUUGUAACUGACCGAUCCACCCGUACAUCCAAGCAGAGGGAGGCGGACACACGCGUUUCCAUCGUUUACUACGCCGUCAGCCGGUCACACGCAGUGGCCAGCCCUCCCAUUUAUCGUUCGUGUCCGGUGGGGGAGGCUUUUUAAAUGACCAGCCGUAACCUUGAGGAAAAAAAAACGCGACCCAAUUCAUCCGCCGGCCACCGCUUCCCCUCCCGUCUCCGUGACCGAGAGAGGCGCCCGGGACUCGGGCCGUCGUCUUUGACAGUUGGCUUCGCAGCGGACGCUAGCGGCUAACGGGCUAAUGUGACCAGGUUUGUCUGAAUCGAACGGCCAUAAUGAUCCUAAAGGACCGGGAUUUCAACUACAAACCUGCCGUGAUGAAAAUACACCAUUGACACCUGGAUGUCGUGACAUACAGGAUUUGCAUUUUCCAAGAUGGAGAAAAAGAAAUUGUGCCCACGUCUUCUCGACUACUUGGUGGUUGUUGGAGCAAGGCAACCAAGUAGUGACAGUGUGGCCCAGACUCCACAACUCCUCCGACGCUACCCUCUGGAGGAUCACCACGACUUUCCUCUCGCUCCUGAUGUGGUGUUCUUCUGCCAGCCGGAGGGCUGUCUGAGCAUUCGCCAGCGCCGGGUCAGCCUGCGGGACGACUCCUCCUUUGUUUUCACGCUGACCGACAAGGACUCGGGAAUCACCCGCUACGGAAUCUGCGUCAACUUCUAUCGAUCUUUCCAGCGCGGCCAUCACCGCCCGCGAGACAAGACUAGCCACGCAGAGACCGCGGCGCAGGCAGCCGAGACCUCAAACGAAGCUGGCACCAGUGGAGGCCAGGCCGCCGCGUCAGCCGCACCCGACAACCCCGAGUCUGCACCCCCGCCUGCCUCCGGAGAAGAGGGCGGGCAGCCGGGCGGCGAGCAAACCUCUGGCAAGUCGCCGCAGCACAAACGCAGUGCCGCCAAGUUGGCUGCCAGGAACCGCAACAGCACGCUGACCUCGCUGUGCAUAGUCAGCCAUUACCCCUUCUUUACCACGUUUAGAGAAUGCCUGUAUAUUCUCAAGAGGCUGGUGGACUGCUGCAGUCAGAGGCUAACUCAGCGAGCCGGACUCUCUCGAGCCACCCAGAGGGACACCAUGUGGCGCGUGUUUACCGGAGCGCUCUCGGUGGAGGAGAAAGGUAGCCAGCUGCUGGCCGACCUGCGGGACAUCGAGUCCUGGGUGUACCGGCUGCUGCGCUCCCCGGUGCCUUUGGCAGGUCAGAGGCGCGUGGACGUGGAGGUGCUGCCCCAGGAACUGAAACGGCCGCUCACCUUCGCCUUGCCUGACAACUCUCGUUUCUCCUUGGUUGACUUCCCGCUGCACCUGCCCUUGGAGCUGCUGGGUGUUGACGCCUGUCUUCAGGUCCUCAGCUGCAUCCUGUUGGAGCACAAGGUCAUUCUUCAGUCUCGUGAUUACAAUGCCUUGUCCAUGAGCGUCAUGGCCUUUGUGGCUAUGAUCUACCCCCUGGAGUACAUGUUCCCCGUCAUCCCGUUGCUGCCUACAUGCAUGGCGUCUGCUGAGCAGCUCCUUCUCGCUCCCACUCCCUACAUUAUUGGUGUUCCAGCCAGCUUCUUCCUCUACAAAUCGGACUUCAAAAUGCCAGACGACGUUUGGCUCGUUGACCUUGACAGCAGCAAGGUUAUAGCACCUACCAAUGCAGAGAAUCUGCCCCCUCUGCCAGAGCCUGAAGCAGGCGAGCUUAAGAAACAUCUAAAACAGCUGUUGGAGUGUCUGGUUAGAUUGACCGUGAUCACCCAAAAGCAGAUCUUCUCCUCUGAAAAUAAGGCGUUGGCCAGCAUGAGUUUGAACACGCAACCCAUUCUGAACCUGGAGAAGUUCCAGGAAGGCCAGGAGAUGACCCUUCUCCCGCCAGGACGAGACAAAGCCUCUCCAUCCUCCACAGAGUUCAACCCUCUGAUUUACGGCAAUGACGUUGAUUCAGUGGAUGUGGCCACUAGGGUUGCCAUGGUGCGAUUCUUCAACUCUCCCAAUGUUCUCCAGGGCUUCCAAAUGCACACGCGUACUCUGCGGCUCUUUCCGCGACCGGUGGUCGCUUUUCAGUGUUCAUCUUUCCUCGCCUCUCGCCCACGCCGCUCCUGCUUUGCCGACAAACUGUCCCACACCCAGGCGGUGGAGUUCUAUGGAGAGUGGGCGCUCAAUCCCACCAACCUUGCCUUUCAGAGGAUACACAACAACGUGUAUGAUCCGUCUUUAAUUGGGGACAAGUCCAAGUGGUACGCACACCAACUACAGCCAGUGACAUACAGAGUCUAUGAUGGAAGCUCCUUGCUGGUCGAAGCUAUGGCUGGUCCAUUGGAAGAUGAAGGCAAUGAGUCUGACCCCACAGACAGCGGCAGUGACAGUGAUGGCUAUGAUGACUCCAGCUCUUCCUAUUCCUCACUUGGGGACUUGGUCAGUGAGAUGAUUCAAGGCGACAUCCAGGGGGACACGCCAAGCGUGGAUCCUCCUACUCACGCUGCACUAGGAGAUGCCAGUGAGGUUGAGUUUCAAGACUUCCACGACUUGAAGGACAGCCAUAACCUGGAUGGUCCCUCCAGUGGCGACGGAGCUGUCGAACAGUCAGACGGACAGCCGCUUCGUUCAAGCUCCAGCACAACUGCAAGCUCAAGCCCCAGCACGAUCAUCCAAGGAGUCAACCACGAGCAGGUGGAAGCGCCUGAGAUUGAAGCGUCGGCAAGCGCGGCUUUGCAGAACCCGGUCCCUGGGCUUGGCAGUCAGCCUUUUCUCAGGCCGCCAGCAGACGCCGGUCUGGUGGAUCCUGCCAACAAAAAGCAAGAGUAUGACAACCCAUACUUUGAGCCUCAGUAUGGCUUCCCCACUGAGGAAGACACUGAAGAAGAGCAAGUGGAGUCAUACACCCCUCGAUUUAACCAGAACCUCAACGGCAACAAGGUCCAGCGGCCUUUACGUCCCAGCAGCCUGAGGCUUCCAGGAGAGUCUGAUGGAGAGGGCGACUCGCGCAACAGCUCGCCGAAUUCCACCAUCUCCAACAGCAGCAAUGAUGGAUUUGGUGGACUCAUGUCUUUUGCCAGUAAUCUUUACAAGAACCACGGCACCAGCUUCAGUCUGUCCAAUCUCGCCCUUCCCAACAAGGCAGCCCGGGAGAAAGCCACACCUUUCCCCAGCCUGAAAGAUUCCCCUGACAGUCCGGUAUUUGGGCUAAAUUCUCUAAUGGAGGUAAUUACAGAGGCCGGCCCGGGGAGCGGAGAAGGGGCUCGUGCACCCCGAGCACUUGUGGACCAGAAAUCUUCAGUGAUCAAACACAGUCCGACUGUGAAGAGAGAAUCUCCCUCACCACAGGGUCGGGUCAACAACACAAGUGAGAACCAGCAGUUUUUGAAGGAAGUGGUGCAGAGUGUUCUGGACGGACAGGGUGUCGGCUGGCUUAACAUGAAAAAAGUGCGCCGACUGCUGGAGAACGAGCAGCUCCGUGUCUUUGUGCUGAGUAAGCUGAACAGAGCGGUGCAGUCGGAGGAAGAUGCCAGACAGGAGAUCAUACGUGAUGUGGAGAUAAGCAGAAAGGUUUACAAAGGCAUGCUGGACAUCCUGAAGUGUACCGUCUCCAGUCUGGAGCACUCUUACACCAACGCUGGCCUUGGAGGAAUGGCUAGUGUCUUCAGCCUACUCGAAAUAGCACGCACACAUUAUCAAACCAAAGACCCAGAAAAGCGCAAGCGAAGCCCCACAGACAGUGCUGGCAGCCCGGGGAGUAAAGAGAGUCCUUCUGGUCGUAUGGAGACAGCCAGACCUCAGGGCCUCCUGAAUAUCCCCCAGCUGCAGCUGCCUCACCACGCCACGGGCAAAGGAGCCCGCCAUUUUGAUACCCGAAGUCUGAACGAGGAGAACUUUAUUGCCUCGAUUGAAUUGUGGAGCAAGCACCAGGAUAAGCAAAAAGCUAUGGAAAAACAACAGAGGGCUGAAGGGACAAAGCAGCAGCGCCCGCAGGUGACUGACGCAGAGGAGAAGAAAUCCCAGAUCAGUGCUGAUAGCGGUCUCAGUGUUGCAUCGGGAUCUCAGAGGAGCGACACAGAGUCUGUAACCAGUUCAGAGCCGCCGAUCCUUACCAGAAGCACCAGCCAGGACUCGGAGGCCAGCACAGUGAUUAGCAAUAGUUCCGGAGAGACCCUGGGAGCCGACAGUGAUCUGAGCAGCACAGCAGGAGAUGGACUUGGAGGGAGAACUGCUCCUCAUCUGAAUCAGUCCAGAGGAACGCUGUCUGACAGCGAGAUUGAAACCAAUCCAGCCACAAGCUCCGUGUUUGGAAAGACCCACACUCUUAAACCCGGUGCAAAAGAUCACUUACCUGCAAUGGUCAAAGGGCCUCCUGCACAACCCAUGGAGGACAUCAGUAUGAGGAUUUAUCUGUUUGAAGGCCUGCUGGGGCGGGAUAAGAGCUCCGUUUGGGAUCAGCUAGAGGACGCAGCCAUGGAAACCUUUUCUCUAAGUAAGGAGCGCUCCACCCUCUGGGACCAAGUGCAGUUCUGGGAGGAUGCUUACUUAGAUGCUGUGAUGCUGGAGAGAGAAGGGAUGGGAAUGGACCAGGGUCCUCAGGAGAUGAUUGACAGAUACUUGUCACUUGGAGAGCACGAUCGCAAGCGUCUGGAGGAUGAUGAAGACAGACUUUUGGCCACGCUGCUACACAACAUGAUUGCUUUCAUGCUAAUGAUGAAAGUGAGCAAGAAUGACAUCAGGAAGAAAGUGAGGCGUCUGAUGGGCAAAUCUCACAUCGGACUCGCAUACAGCCAAGAGAUCAACGAGAUACUUGACAAACUGGCCAAUAUGAACGGUCGCGAGUUGUCCAUCAGGCCCAGCGGAAGUCGUCACAUCAAGAAACAAACGUUCGUCGUUCACGCCGGCACCGAUACGAACGGGGACAUCUUCUUUAUGGAGGUCUGUGACGACUGCAUAGUGCUGCGCAGCAACAUCGGCACGGUUUACGAGCGCUGGUGGUACGAGAAGCUCAUCAACAUGACGUACUGCCCCAAGACCAAGGUGCUGUGUCUGUGGAGACGCAACGGCCAAGAGACGCAGCUCAACAAGUUCUACACCAAAAAGUGUCGCGAGCUCUACUACUGCGUUAAAGACAGCAUGGAGAGAGCCGCAGCAAGACAGCAAAGCAUUAAACCAGGCCCGGAGCUCGGCGGUGAAUUCCCCGUGCAGGACAUGAAAACCGGCGAAGGCGGACUGCUUCAGGUUACGCUGGAAGGAAUCAAUCUGAAGUUCAUGCACAGCCAGGAGCGGAAGGUUUUCAUAGAGCUGAGUCACAUUAAAAAGUGCAAUACAGUGAAGGGAGUCUUUGUCCUGGAGGAAUUUGUUCCUGAAACUAAAGAAGUGGUGAUCCACAAGUACAAGACCCCCAUGGCACAUCAGAUCUGUUACUCUGUCCUCUGCCUUUUCUCCUACGUGGCGGCUGUGAAGGGAAAGGAGGCGGAAGGAAAACCCAAGCUGCUGUCACCGAGACCCCUUCCCAGCUAGUCAACCCCCCCCCCCCCCCACCCCCACCUUCCAUCCUCAGUGUGCCUCUCUACUUGAAACUGCGCCUCUGCUUCUUUAACCAGACUUUUGACAAUCCCCAGUUCAAAUCUAAGCACACGACUCCCGCUCUCCCCUCCCCGUGUAAAUAUAAUCCCGCGAUCCUUUUCAGAUCCAGAUGUGUAGACAUGUUCUGUCCGUGAUGUCGUGUAAAUAAUUCCCAGAGUUCCCCACUGUUGUCCUGAUGUUCCGGCCCAACUAGUUACACAUUUGCUUGCUCCUUGGAUUUUGGAGAAGUGACCCCACCCACCUGUCCCCCUCGAGUUUGUCAGCUGUGUGUAAAAAAAAAAAAAAAAAAAGCCUCCAUGGUCCAGGUGUUGUUACAGCGAGGCAGUAGGCGGAGCCACAGGAACCUGCCGCCUGCCUCCAUACAGCUCUGUGUUAUUCUGUGACGUGUGAUUUCUGUAAAGUUUGUCCAAGCUGCAGCUGGUGAAGCAUCCAGAGACCCAGUGAGAGUGCAGUGGGGGAAAAAAAAUAAAAAAAUCAGCUGUAUCCUGCACUAGAGCACCGCAUGUACACUCUGCUUAAUGGUGUUUGGUCCUCAAAUACUUGUAGUGUUCUCAGAUGUGUUCUCUUGGCCACCAGGCUGAAUAACUGUUCUAGUUCUGCUGUAAAACUCGUCUGUGCUCCUCUGGUAUUAACUGCAUGUUACUAUAAGGAUGAAAAAUAAAUAUUAUAUAUAUUUCUAUAUAUAGUAUUUAUUUAAUAUAUGCAUUUGACUGUACAUUUCUCUGGAGAAAAGAAAAAAAAAAAAACGUUACAAAAUGUUGAUUUGCUAGAUGUGCAAUACUUAAGAAGUAGUUAGCCAUUGCCAGGUUCUCUUGGCUCCCACAGGGUGAAGAAUGUAAGAUGUUUUUUUGUUUUUCUAUAGUGUGUAUUUACUGAAUAUUCAGAGUGAUAUGACUGGUCUAAGUGUCCUCCAUGGUUUAAUCACGGGUCAAUCACAAGACAGAAAACGGAAAAUUUAAUGACGGUUUAUCGUUAAAGUUAGAAUCAAUGUCUCCUUGCCUGAAGCUGAUCUUUGAUUGGAGAUGGAUGGGCUGACUGUAGAUGAAAACUCAGACUGCUGCUGCUCUCUGGUUGAAACUCCAGCUGUAGUUUCUGCAUUAAUGUAAUAAUUUUUCAGAGCAAAAACUACCAUCAGCUUCUUGGUUUGUUUUUUUUUGCUUCAAAGGAACAAAUAAAUAAAUUCACCUAUGAGAAACGCCACUUAAACUGGGAAAUGGCAAUUUCAUAAUAAACAAAAAGGCAAAUAGUUUUAGUUUAAGGAGUCAAACUUUUUGUAACCUUGAAACAAGUGUUUGGUCAUGUAUGUGGAGGCCAGAUGAGCAGGUCGCCCAGGGCCCCAUUUAUGUAAGAGCCGCCCCUGUGCAGAGGUACGGACCAGAGAUCGGGUUUAAAUGAACCUCGGCGGUCCAAGCUUUACUCCGUCUUCCUGAUCUUCUGAGACGGAAGUUUUCCAGGUACCAAAGGUAAAAAAAAAAGUCUCCACAUCAUCUACUUCACCAGGUAGUCAAGCAUACGUUAAAAACACGUUAAAUUGUGAAGAGCAGCAGACGGAAAAGUAGUAAAGACAAUGAGAGGAACGCUAGUUUAGUUAAAGACAAUUACGGAUGCAAUCAAAAGUUUCCAGACGGACUCAGAUUUCUCUCCUGUGAUUGACCCUCCACACGUGUUCUGUAAUCAUGACUGACUCCGUUCCAUGGUUGUGAAAAUCGGGUCGGCCCGAUCCGCAGUGAGUGUGUGUGUGUGUGAGUGCGUGGUGAACGUCUCCUGAUCAGCAAUAUAUUGCUACGGUAAUGUCACUGGAAGAGGUUUUAUUUUGAUCCUGACAUGCUUGUAUUUUUAGUAACCUAACUGUGAGAAGGAGAUGUUUCAGGAAGACAUUAAAACGAUGCCCUUUCAUCUCCACGACUGAUCUGAACUUUCUGCUUGGGCUAAAAAGUUAUUUUUGUUUUUUUAAAUCUGGAAUAUUCCAACUCUUCUCUGUUAUUAUUGUUCUCGCUGGCUGCUGUCAGAGGGAAACAGUAAGGAGACGCCAGGUGUUAGUUCCAGUAUUGGAGGGAAAAAGAAGGUAUUUAUAGAUUAUGUACAGCUUUGGCAAUAUAAUAAAGUUGUCCUAAAUGAA